GUUGCCGUAGUUGGCGGAAGCACCGGCCGUGAGGCAUUGUGGGAGAAGAUGGCGGCCGCCGUCCGCUUUCGGGUUGUUAGAGCGCUUCCAAUGUCACGUCCUGCCAUUACUGUAGCAGCUUCAUCUGUGUUCUGUGGCUCACACCAUCGCCAGCUUCACCAUGCUGUCAUACCUCACGGGAAAGGUGGCCGCUCAUCUGUCAGUGGAGUUGUGGCCACUGUGUUCGGAGCCACAGGAUUCCUGGGACGAUACGUUGUCAACCAGCUUGGACGAAUGGGGUCACAAGUGAUCAUACCGUAUCGGUGUGAUAUAUACGACACCAUGCACCUUCGUCUAAUGGGUGACCUGGGCCAGCUUAUCUUUCUGGAAUGGGAUGCGCGAGACAAAGAGUCUAUCAGGAAGGCGGUACAACACAGCAACGUGGUCAUCAAUCUUAUUGGGCGGGAAUGGGAAACCAGAAACUUUGAUUUUGAGGAUGUUUUUGUGAAUAUUCCUCGAGCAAUAGCGCAGGCGUCCAAGGAAGCUGGGGUUGAGAGAUUCAUUCAUGUUUCACACCUGAAUGCCAAUAUGAAGAGUACUUCUAAGUCCUUGAGGAGCAAGGCAGUAGGAGAGAAGGAAGUGAGAAGUGUGUUUCCUGAAGCCAUCAUCAUACGGCCAUCUGACAUAUUCGGAAGGGAGGACAGGUUCCUCAAUCACUUUGCAAAUUAUCGUUGGUUUCUUUUUGUGCCUCUCGUUUCCUUGGGCUUUAAGACAGUGAAACAACCAGUGUAUGUUGCCGAUGUUUCCAAGGGAAUUGCUAAUGCGACUAAAGAUCCAGAUGCCGUCGGAAAAACCUUUGCCUUCACCGGGCCAAAUCGGUACCUGCUCUUCCACUUGGUGAAGUACAUCUUUGGCAUGACCCAUAGGACCUUCGUCCCUUACCCUUUGCCACAGUUCAUGUAUAACUGGAUUGGCAAACUCUUCGGGCUGAAUCCAUUUGAGCCCUGGACAACGAAGGACAAGGUGGAGCGGGUCGGCUGUGCUUGCCUGACUCAUUGAUCAUCUGCUUCCUGCGUCCUCAGAUCUCACUGGGAAGAUGCCAAAGAAACAUGACAGCAUCCCAAGCUGAGAACUGUUGAUGAGAUGCAGCCACACUGUCCCCUAAGAGCCAAAGCAGAGCAAAGAAUUGUUAACAGUCCCGGGGAACAGCCUCCCUGACAGACUGCCGUAAAAGCAGACACGUUUCCUGUGGCCACGAACCCCAUUGUCUGACACUUGCUCUUACCUUGGCGACUAAGACAGUAUGAAUAUAAUAGGCAGACAGGCUUUGGGUUUGUUUGCAGAAUGCCUAGAGCACUCAGCAGACACACUGGGGCCCUCUCUGUGGCUCAUUGGGGUGGUCACAGCAUGGGGCCCGCUACAGUUCCAUGUACAGAGGGGUCUGCUUUCCGGGCAGCAGGCUGUCUUGUUCUUUCUUCCCUAAACAAGAUUGGUUUGGCUUCAGGCUUUGUAGUGGGCAUAACUUAACCCACAGUGAGUAUAAUUGGAGCAAAGAAAAGGCUGAUGGGUCCAGGCGUGAUGUUAUAACCUGCAGUCCCAACCUUUGCGGGGCUGAGACAAAGCAUUACUACAAGUUUGAAGUUAGCCUGGGUUAGAUAAUGGGUUCCUAAGAGUUCCGGUGUGAGACACUGUGCCAGAAUCCCUAAUCCAAACCAGACCAAAACGUUCAAACUGAAAUAGGGAGCUAGAGUCCAGGGACCCAGCAUAAGAAAAUGGGGGUGCAGAGGUGGACUCCUACCUUAGCUGUUAUCUGAAUCUCUGGAUGGAGAGAUAGCUACUGCCUCACUACACCUAGGUUCAGCUCUGCAUACAUGUGCCUGUGGAACUGCUCUUCCAGGGUCACUGUCUUGUGGUCCUGGGGGGUAUGGGAGAUCUGCCUCAGGUCUUUGAUCUAUCUUCUCUAUUCCACUUUUAUGAGUUCCAGAAUUAAAGAUUGUUGUGGGGUCUCUGAAGAUGCUUGCGUCAGUGAUGAGCCUCCAGCUUGGGGGUGUGGGGGUCUGAGGGGUGGCACUCUGUU